GCACGCAUCUACACGGCUGUCAGUCGUUUGACAUUUAGCUGCAGCAGUGUAGACAAGAGCUUAGCGCAAAGCAAAUAAAUAACAAGAGCAUAAAUGUUGGGUGCUAACUUUGUGUUGACUGCCGUCGGAAACAUAUACAAAUGAUUGCAAAACACCGGCAUUGUUCAUUAAAGUCAUCGAAAACAGCAGCAGAAAAGUAGCUAGUACCAGCAUGUCCAACGAGGAGGAGAAUGCCGUGGAGGCAACCGACACAAAUGAAAACUCGAAUGAAUCCAAUUGCGACAGCACCUCGUCCCACAUCAAGGAGCCAGACUACGAUGCCACUUUGGAAACGGACCGCGGAAAGCGGUUUGAGUUUCUGCUCAAGCAGACGGAGAUCUUUGCCCAUUUCAUGAACUCGGCACCGAGCAAGAGCAGUCCACCGAAGGUACCGCGUGGCCGCAAGCCGAAGGUGGAUAAAAAUGCCGAUACGGGUGACCAUCGGCAUCGCAAGACGGAGCAGGAGGAAGAUGAGGAGCUGCUGGCUGAGACUAAUCAGAAGGCAAAGACAUUGUUCCGUUUCGAAGCGUCCCCACCGUACAUCAAGGCCGGUGAGAUGCGUGAUUAUCAGAUCCGUGGGCUGAACUGGAUGAUUUCAUUGUACGAGAACGGCAUCAACGGCAUUUUGGCGGACGAGAUGGGUCUGGGUAAAACGUUGCAGACUAUCUCGCUGCUAGGAUACCUGAAGAACAUACGGAACAAUCCGGGGCCGCACAUAGUGAUCGUGCCGAAAUCGACGCUUCAGAACUGGGUGAACGAAUUCGGCCGAUGGUGUCCAUCGAUUCGGGCAGUGUGUCUGAUCGGUGAUCAGGAAACGCGAACUGCAUUCAUUCGCGAUGUGUUGAUGCCGGGCGAAUGGGACGUUUGUAUCACGUCGUACGAGAUGUGCAUACGUGAGAAGGCCGUGUUCAAGAAGUUCAACUGGCGUUACAUGGUUAUCGACGAGGCGCAUCGUAUCAAGAACGAAAAGUCGAAACUGUCGGAGAUUUUGCGCGAGUUUAAGACGGCCAAUCGCUUGCUGCUGACCGGAACACCGCUGCAGAACAAUCUGCACGAGCUGUGGGCGCUGCUGAACUUCUUGCUGCCGGACAUUUUCAACAAUGCUGAAGAUUUUGAUAGCUGGUUCGACGCGAAUCAGUGCUUGGGCGAUAAUUCGCUGAUCGAGCGUCUGCAUGCCGUGCUGAAACCGUUCUUGCUGCGUCGUCUGAAGUCCGAGGUCGAGAAGCGGCUGUUGCCGAAGAAGGAGGUAAAGAUCUUUGUCGGACUGUCCAAGAUGCAGCGCGAUUGGUACACGAAGAUCCUGAUGAAGGACAUUGAUGUGGUGAACGGAGCGGGCAAGGUGGAGAAGAUGCGUCUGCAGAACAUUCUGAUGCAAUUGCGCAAGUGCACCAACCAUCCGUAUCUGUUCGAUGGAGCGGAACCGGGCCCGCCGUACACGACCGACUACCAUCUGCUGGAAAACAGUGGCAAGAUGGUGGUUCUCGACAAGCUGCUCAGGAAGCUGCAGGAGCAAGAAUCUCGCGUACUGAUCUUCAGUCAAAUGACACGUAUGCUGGACAUUCUGGAAGAUUUUUGCCACUGGCGAGGCUACCAGUACUGCCGUCUGGAUGGGCAAACGCCCCACGAGGACCGUUCGAACAUGAUCGCAGAUUACAACGCCGAAAACAGCACCAAGUUUAUCUUCAUGCUGUCGACGCGCGCCGGAGGAUUGGGUAUCAAUUUGGCCACCGCCGAUGUGGUCAUCAUCUACGACUCGGACUGGAAUCCGCAGAUGGAUUUGCAGGCCAUGGAUCGAGCGCAUCGCAUCGGGCAGAAGAAACAGGUGCGCGUGUUCCGACUCAUCACGGAGAACACGGUAGAGGAAAAGAUUGUCGAGCGGGCGGAAGUGAAGCUGAAGCUGGACAAGCUCGUAAUUCAGCAGGGCCGGCUGGUGGACAACAAGACGAAUCAACUGAACAAGGACGAGAUGUUGAACAUCAUUCGCUUCGGUGCAAAUCACGUAUUCCAGUCUCGCGAUUCCGAAAUCACCGACGAAGACAUCGACGCCAUUCUGCAAAAGGGCGAAGAGAAGACGCAGGAACAGAAUGAAAAGCUGGACAAGCUGGGUGAGAGUUCACUGCGCGGUUUUACUCUCGAUGCGGAGAACCUCGAGAAUCGCUCGGUGUACCAGUUCGAGGGUGAAGAUUAUCGCGAGAAGCAAAAGCUGCACACGCUUGGGUCGUGGAUCGAACCGCCAAAGCGUGAGCGUAAGGCAAACUAUGCGGUCGACGCUUACUUCAAGGAAGCUUUGCGCGUAGCCGAACCGAAAGCACCGAAAGCGCCGAGACCACCGAAGCAACCGAUUGUGCAAGAUUUCCAGUUUUUCCCGCCAAGACUGUUUGAACUGCUCGAUCAGGAGAUCUAUCACUAUCGCAAGACCGUAAACUACAAGGUACCGAAGAACUCCGAUCUUGGCACGGAAGCGAACAAGGUUCAACGCGAGGAACAGCGCAAAAUUGACGAAGCAGAGCCGCUUACGGAAGAGGAGCUGGUCGAGAAGGAAUCGCUGCUGACGCAAGGUUUUACCAACUGGACAAAGCGUGACUUCAAUCAGUUCAUUAAGGUAAACGAGAAGUACGGUCGGGAUGACAUGGAGAAUAUAUCUCGUGAAGUCGAAGGUAAGACACCGGAGGAGGUUAUGGAGUACAGUACGGUGUUUUGGGAGCGUUGUCAUGAGCUGCAGGACAUUGAUCGUAUCAUGGGCCAGAUAGAGCGCGGUGAGGCCAAGAUUCAACGCCGUGCUUCGAUCAAAAGGGCGCUGGACAGUAAGAUGGCACGAUAUCGCGCACCAUUCCAUCAGUUGCGCAUUGCGUACGCAAACAAUAAGGGUAAAAAUUACACCGAGGAAGAAGAUCGUUUCCUGGUGUGUAUGCUGCACAAGCUCGGAUUCGACCGGGAGAACGUGUACGAAGAGCUGCGAGCGGCCGUACGGUGUGCACCACAGUUUCGCUUCGAUUGGUUCCUGAAGUCCCGGAAUGCUCUUGCGUUGCAGCGUCGUUGCAAUACGCUCAUCACACUGAUUGAGCGUGAAAAUCAGGAAAUCGAAGAGAAGGAACGGCUAGAGAAGAAGAAAAAGACGGGUGGCGGUAGUGUGACCGCUGGUGGAGGGGGUGCUGUUGGUGGAGGUGCUGGAAGCGGAGUGCCAAAACCGAACCAAAAGCGCAAAGCCGAUGGCAAUCCUGUGACGAACGACAAGAACAAAAAGAAGAAGAAAUCCUAAGUCGCUCGAGGGCAGCUCUGGUUCAAAAUUCGAAAGCUCUUGAGAAUGGUAGGUGUUGUUUAGAAUUGGGACUAAUUUUUAAACAAUAAUUUCACUACGAAUGAUGAGAUGGAGCAGGCAUCUGGCCUGAGGGAAAGAGCGGAAAAGGAGGCACACAUUCCGCACCCCGGACUCGGGAUCCCAAUCCUUGAGGAUCUCGAAAUUUGAAUUAGCUCCCAGCUUAGUCAACAAUCCUCGAUUCGUCCUGCAUGAGCGUUGUAAGUCCCUAUAGGUUUAAAAUAGCAAAAAUCUGACACGCGCUCAUGUACGCCGGUUAGUUUAAAAAAAACGACGAGUGUACUUCCUAUACUUACGUCCUGCCGUUUCCUCAUUCUUGGAGACAUUUCAAUCAUCUGUGUCGUUCAAUCAUCGCAUAAGUUUUACUCAAUUGCUUUACCUAUGCUAAUCGAAAGGUCCACUACUAAUUGCGUGUGUUAAUAGUACGAUGUCUGAUAGUGUGUGUAGUCAUAAAAGAGAGAGAGAGAGAGAGAGAGAGAGAGAGAGAGAGAGAGAGAGAGAGAGAGGGGGGGAGAGAGCUAGAGCUAGAAAGCAAAGUUCAAGUCGUGUGGUGGGAAAAGACAACUUAUACAAUCCAGUAUUGAUCCAGUUUGCAACUAUCUUAAACCUAUCUCGUAAACGAGCGUUUGGGAUUGACUGUACGGUGAUUCCUUAUUAGCAAUGAAUCGAUUUUAAAAUGAUCAAAGCCCUCCCCUAGCUCCGUAGUGCUAUUUUGCUAAUUAUACGAACAAACGCGACUUAAAAGAAUAGUCAGUUAAGCUGCUACAGCCAGUACUACUUACUCUAUGCGUGUAUUUAUGGUAAGCUUCAGUAGAGAUUAUGACGCACGCGUAAUGGCGACGAUUAAUAGUAACUAUAGAGAUCUGCCGGUCGCUCACGAUCGCAAAUAAACUUUUGCCCAGUCAUAGCAUUCAGAGUGCUGCAACAUA